UGGCUCCGUUCAAACCUGGCUGGCGGGGAUCUUUUACACAUGAUAACCUGUAAAGAUGUUGAAGUUUAAAUGCGGUGCCCGAAACCCGGCAGAGGCCGGAUCCAUGGAGCCCAUCACCAGCCGAGUUUCUCGGCUAAAUCUGCUCUUCCAGGGGAAGCCACUCUUUGUAACUCAACAGCAGAUGUCUCCUCUCUCCCGGGAAGGCAUCCUUGAUUCCUUAUUCGUCCUUUUUGAAGAAUGCAGAAACCCUGCUUUAAUGAAAAUUAAACACAUUGGCAACUUUGUCAGGAAGUAUGCAGAGACAAUAGCUGAAUUGAGGGAACUGCAACCUGGUGUGAAGGAUUUUGAAGUGAAGAGUGUGGUUGGCUGUGGUCACUUUGCAGAUGUAAAAGUAGUAAGAGAGAAAGCUACUGGUGAUGUGUAUGCUAUGAAGGUGAUGAGCAAGGAGUCCUUGCUGGCGCAAGAGCACAUGUCUUUUUUUGAAGAAGAACGCAGUAUAUUAUCUCAGAGCACCAGCCCAUGGAUUCCACAGUUACAAUAUGCAUUUCAAGACAAGAAGAAUCUCUACUUGGUUAUGGAGUAUCAGCCUGGAGGGGACUUGCUGUCACUCUUAAACCGAUAUGAGGACCAACUAGAUGAGAGUAUGGUGCAGUUUUAUCUUGCAGAGUUGGUUUUAGCCAUUCACAGUGUCCAUCAGAUGGGUUAUGUACACCGAGAUAUCAAACCAGAGAAUGUUCUUAUUGACAGAACAGGACACAUUAAACUGGUGGACUUCGGGUCAGCUGCCAAAAUGACAGCAAACAAAAUGGUAAAUGCCAAGCUACCUGUUGGCACACCUGACUACAUGGCACCAGAAAUGCUAACAGGGUUGAAUGGGGAUGGCAAAGCUUCCUACGGUCUGGAAUGCGACUGGUGGUCCCUGGGAGUCAUUGCAUAUGAAAUGAUUUAUGGGAGAUCUCCCUUCACUGAAGGGACUUCAGCAAAAACCUUCAAUAACAUCAUGAACUUCCAGAGAUUUCUGAAGUUCCCAGAGGAUGUGAAAGUUAGUAGUGGAUUUCUUGAUCUGAUCCAGAGUCUGCUCUGCGGGCAGAAGGAAAGGCUGGGCUAUGAGGGACUCUGCUGCCAUCCAUUUUUUAAUAAAAUUGACUGGAACAACAUCCGUAACUCUCCUCCCCCCUUCGUUCCUACUCUCAAGUCUGAUGAUGACACCUCAAAUUUUGAUGAACCAGAGAAGAAUUCGCGGGUUUUAUCCUCUACGCGCCAGUUGAACCCAGCAGGUUUCUCGGGUGAAGAUCUGCCGUUUGUGGGGUUUUCAUUCAUCAAGGCAUUAGGGAUCCUCAAAUCAGAAUCUGUUUUUUCAAGUGUGGAUUCUCCAGCCAAGGUCAGCUCCAUGGAAAACAAACUUCUUCUCAAGAGCAAAGAACUCCAAGACGUCCAGGACAAGUGUUACAAGAUGGAGCAGGAAAUGACGCGGUUGCACCGGAGAGUGUCAGAGGUGGAGGCUGUACUUAGCCAAAAGGAGGUGGAACUGAAAGCCUCUGAGACCCAGCGAUCCCUCCUGGAGCAGGACCUGGCCACCUAUAUCACAGAAUGCAGUAGCUUAAAGCGAAGCCUGGAGCAGGCACGGAUGGAAGUGUCUCAGGAAGAUGAUAAGGCACUGCAGCUACUUCAUGAUAUCAGAGAGCAAAGCCGAAAACUGCAAGAGAUCAAGGAACAGGAAUAUCAAGCUCAAGUAGAAGAAAUGAGGUUGAUGAUGAAUCAAUUAGAAGAGGACCUUAUUUCAGCUCGCAGGCGUAGUGAUCUUUAUGAAUCGGAGUUGAGGGAGUCCCGACUGGCAGCUGAAGAAUUCAAACGUAAAGCUACAGAAUGUCACAACAAACUGCAAAAGUUACAGGUUAAAGAUCAAGGGAAAAAUGAAGCGGGAGAGUUGUAUUCCAAGUUGGAGAAGAUCAACACAGAGCAGCAGGCCAAAAUCCAGGAGCUACAGGAAAAGCUGACAAAGGCUGUGAAAGCCAGCUCAGAGGCAACUGAACUUCUUCAGAAUAUCCGCCAAGCAAAGGAGAGAGCUGAGAAGGAGUUAGAGAAACUGCAGAAUCGGGAAGAUUCGAAUGAAAGCAUGAAGAAGAAAUUGCUUGAGGCGGAGGAACGGCGCCAUUCUCUGGAGAAUCAAGUGAAGAGAUUAGAGACUGUGGAACGAAGAGAAAACCGUCUCAAGGAAGAUAUUCAAACUAAAUCUCAACAGAUUCAACAGAUGGCAGAAAAAAUUCUGGAGCUGGAGGAAAAACAUCGUGAGGCUCAAAUUGCAGCACAACAUCUGGAGUUGCAGCUGAAACAGAAGGAACAAUUCUACGAGGAAAAACUCAAAGUGUUGGAAAAUCAGAUGAAGAAAGAUCUUGCAGAUAAGGAAGCACUUGAGAAUAUGCUCAGAAGACAUGAAGAAGAAGCGCGUGAGAAAUGUAAAGUCCUGGCUGAACAGAAGGCGAUGAUUAAUGCAAUGGAUUCGAAGAUUCGGUCACUGGAGCAGAGAAUAGUGGAACUGUCUGAGGCCAAUAAACUGGCAGCAAACAGCAGCCUUUUUACCCAGAGGAACAUGAAAGCCCAAGAAGAGAUGAUUUCAGAGCUCAGGCAACAGAAGUUCUACUUGGAAACACAGGCUGGAAAGUUAGAGGCCCAGAAUCGAAAACUAGAGGAACAAUUGGAGAAGAUGAGUCACCAGGAUCACACUGACAAGAACCGCCUGCUGGAGUUAGAGACAAGGCUGCGAGAGGUUAGCCUAGAGCAUGAAGAGCAAAAGCUGGAGCUCAAAAGGCAGUUGACAGAACUGCAGCUGACACUCCAGGAGAGGGAAUCUCAAAUCACUGGGCUGCAGGCUGCACGGACAGCCCUGGAGAACCAGCUCCGUGAGGCCAAAACUGAGCUAGAGGAGACCACAGCUGAGGCAGAGGAAGAGAUUCAAGCUCUCACGGCACAUAGAGAUGAAAUCCAGCGUAAAUUUGAAGCCCUUCGUAAUAGCUGCACAGUGAUCACAGAUCUGGAGGAGCAGCUGAACCAGCUCAGUGAAGACAACGCAGAACUGAACAAUCAGAAUUUCUUCCUAUCCAAACAACUUGAUGAGGCCUCAGGGGCCAAUGAUGAGGUUGUCCAGUUGCGAAGUGAAGUGGACCAUCUCCGUCGAGAGAUCACUGAGAGAGAGAUGCAGCUUACCAGUCAGAAACAAACUAUGGAGGCCUUGAAGACAACAUGUACAAUGCUGGAAGAGCAAGUAAUGGACCUGGAGGCCCUGAAUGAUGAACUCUUGGAGAAAGAGCGUCAGUGGGAAGCAUGGAGAAAUGUUCUAGGGGAUGAGAAGUCCCAGUUUGAAUGUCGAGUUAGAGAGUUGCAGAGGAUGCUGGAUACUGAGAAACAGAGCAGAGUGAGAGCAGAUCAGCGUAUUACUGAAUCUCGCCAGGUGGUAGAACUAGCAGUCAAAGAACACAAGGCAGAGAUUCUAGCCCUCCAGCAAGCACUGAAGGAACAAAAACUCAAAGCUGAAAGCCUUUCUGAUAAGCUCAAUGACCUGGAGAAGAAGCAUGCUAUGUUGGAGAUGAAUGCACGCAGUUUGCAACAGAAGCUUGAGACAGAAAGGGAGCUCAAGCAGAGACUUCUGGAGGAGCAGGCAAAGCUGCAGCAGCAAAUGGAUCUGCAAAAAAAUCACAUCUUCCGCUUAACUCAAGGCCUGCAAGAGGCUCUAGAUCGAGCAGAUCUUCUGAAGACUGAAAGAAGUGACCUGGAAUAUCAGCUGGAAAACAUUCAGGUUCUAUAUUCCCAUGAAAAAGUGAAAAUGGAGGGCACUAUUUCCCAGCAAACCAAACUCAUUGAUUUCCUGCAAGCAAAGAUGGACCAACCAGCAAAAAAGAAAAAGGGCCUGUUUAGUCGGCGGAAAGAGGACCCUUCUUUACCCACACAGGUUCCCCUGCAAUACAAUGAGCUGAAAGUGGCACUGGAGAAGGAGAAGGCUCGUUCUGCUGAGCUGGAAGAGGCUCUUCAGAAAACACGCAUUGAACUCAGAUCUGCUCGUGAAGAAGCUGCUCAUCGGAAGAUAUCAGACCACCCUCAUCCAUCUACUCCAGCCACAGCCAGGCAGCAGAUCAUCAUGUCUGCCAUAGUCCGCUCACCAGAGCAUCAGCCUACUCCCAUCAGUUUGCUAGCUCCACCCUCCAGUCGCAGGAAGGAGUCUUCCACACCAGAGGAGUACAGCCGGCGCCUGAAGGAACGGAUGCAUCACAAUAUCCCACAUCGCUUCAAUGUGGGGCUAAACAUGAGAGCGACGAAAUGCGCCGUGUGUCUGGAUACAGUGCACUUUGGAAGACAAGCAUCUAAAUGUCUUGAAUGCCAGGUGAUGUGUCACCCAAAAUGCUCAACUUGCUUGCCAGCUACUUGUGGACUGCCAGCAGAAUAUGCCACGCACUUCUCUGAAGCAUUCUGCCGGGAUAAAAUGAAUUCUCCUGGUCUGCAGCUGAAGGAGCCAAGCAGCAGUCUACGGCUUGAAGGAUGGAUGAAGGUGCCAAGGAAUAAUAAACGUGGGCAGCAGGGCUGGGACAGGAAGUAUAUUGUCCUGGAAGGAACAAAAGUGCUCAUUUAUGAUGCAGAAGCAAGAGAAGCUGGACAGAGGCCUCUGGAGGAAUUUGAGCUCUGCCUUCCUGACGGCGAUGUAACUGUGCACGGAGCUGUAGGAGCUACUGAACUAACCAACACUGCAAAGACAGAUGUGCCAUAUAUCCUAAAAUUGGAGUCUCAUCCACACACCACUUGCUGGCCUGGUAGAACACUCUACCUGUUAGCACCCAGCUUCCCUGACAAACAGCGCUGGGUCACAGCACUGGAAUCAGUAGUGGCAGGUGGGAGAGUUUCCAGAGAAAAAGCUGAGGCUGAUGCUAAAUUGCUGGGAAACUCCCUGCUGAAGCUGGAGGGUGAAGACCGUUUGGAUAUAAAUUGCACAAUGCCCUUCAGUGACCAGGUAGUACUGGUGGGGGCAGAAGAAGGUCUCUAUGCCCUAAAUGUACUGAAGAAUUCCUUAACGCACAUCCCAGGAAUGGGUGCUGUCUUCCAAAUGCAUCUCAUCAAGGAUCUGGAGAAGCUACUCAUGAUAGCAGGAGAAGAAAGGGCUCUGUGUCUUGUUGAUGUGAAGAAAGUGAAGCAAUCUCUAGCCCAGUCACACCUCCCAGCCCAGCCUGAUAUCUCACCAAAUGUCUUCGAGACUGUCAAAGGAUGUCACCUUUUUGCUGCUGGCAAGGUCGAGAACAGUCUUUGUAUCUGCGCAGCCAUGCCCAGUAAAGUGGUUGUUCUGAGAUACAAUGAGAGCUUGAGCAAGUUCUGUAUCAGAAAGGAGAUCGAAACCUCUGAGCCUUGCAGCUGCAUCCAUUUGACCACUUACAGCAUCAUCAUUGGAACCAACAAAUUCUAUGAAAUCGAGAUGAAGCAGUACACUCUGGAGGAGUUUCUGGAUAAAAAUGACCACACUUUGGCCUCUGCUGUGUUUGCUGCCUCUACCAACAGUUUUCCAGUCAGUAUCAUCCAAGUGAACCCAACGGGGCAGAGGGAGGAAUAUCUGCUGUGUUUCCACGAAUUUGGUGUCUUUGUGGAUUCCUAUGGAAGACGCAGUAGGACAGACGACCUGAAAUGGAAUCGCUUGCCCUUAGCUUUUGCCUACAGGGAGCCCUAUCUCUUUGUGACCCACUUCAAUUCCCUUGAAGUGAUUGAGAUCCAGGCACGAGCUUCUCUAGGAACUCCUGCACGAGCCCACUUGGAGAUCCCAAAUCCGCGGUAUCUUGGGCCUGCAAUUUCAUCUGGAGCCAUCUACUUGGCCUCCUCCUACCAAGACAAAUUAAGGGUGAUUUGCUGUAAGGGCAAUCUAGUGAAGGAGACCAACAACGAGCAGCAUCACAGAGGAUCUUCUGCUACACGCAGCGGGUCGCGUCAAUUAUUUUUGAAUGACAGCAGCCCGAACAAGAGGGGCCCUCCCACCUACAACGAGCACAUAACCAAGCGGGUCGCGUCAAGCCCAGGACCACCGGAAGGUCUGAGCCACCCUCGAGAGCCAAGCACACCCCAUCGGUACCGCGAGGGAAGGACGGAGCUGCGGAGGGACAAGUCACCUGGGCGGCCACUGGAGAGGGAGAAGUCCCCAGGCCGGCUCCUGAGCACCCGCAGAGAGAGGUCCCCAGGGAGACUGUUCGACGAGAGCAGCCGAGGACGGGUGCCUGUGAGUGGUGCCAGAACUCCUCUUGCUCAAGUCAAUAAGGUCUGGGACCAGUCUUCAGUGUAAGUCUCAACCAGACAGAGUUCCUCAUCUUGACCUGCAGGAAAAAAAAGGAAAUACACUGAGUAUAUGCACUCCAUGUGUCUGCUGCCCAGGCACCAAAACAGCAUCCCUGGGCCAAAGCUCGCGCCGCAUCGGGAGACGUCCGCAGCUCAGUUAAUUUCUCUGCACUUUCCUGCACUCCUGUUUUUGCACUUUGUACUACUGUUACUCUUUCAAGCAGUUCAUGAACUUUUUGUAUUCACUUUAGUCCCUGGUAGUUCAUCAAGGAAAUUCAGCGGGACUCGAGUCCCACCCCAGGUCUUUAAUGUGGUCAGUGCCCCUUACAGAUAAUUGAUCAUAGUUCUGAGACACGCUGGGAAUUCCUGAUGGCCUGGAAACAGGCCGAGGCGAGUGAGUCCUUCAGUAGGAAGUGUCAUUGGAUGUCCCCUACAGAACAAAUUACUUCCAAUCAGUCUGUUCACCUGCCACUUCUGAAAGUUAUUUUGUUCUCACUACAAUCGCUCUAGAGCAGCUCUGAUGGGGAGGGGAGAACCCCCGCGCCCGGCCCUCAGACAAAGUGCAUUACCUAUCUGCUACUGGGUUGUAAGACUUUAUCCAGGUCUUCUGCAUGACAGUUCACUGCAUGCUGCUGCACCAUCACUGGCUGCUCUCUCCUUUUAGGUUGCUUUGCUGAGUAGUGUAUUGUACCUCACUUGUAAGUUAACUGAAACCUUUAGAUUACGCUGCAAAAUAACAGCCAAUUACUCUGGAAAUUUGGCACCGGAGCGUUACCAAGCCUUAUUCUAUGACAAGAGUUACAGGCACCCUGCUGUUCCCCUCCGCACUGCACGGGCUCCCCGCAGAAAGGCUGCUGCAGACCCGGCAGUCACAGGGUCCCUGCGGAGAGGA